AUGGCGACCUCGUCUGCUUCGAAACUUCGCCAACUACUGGCAGAUGAGAAGAAGAUCACAGUAUGCCCCGGCGAAUACGAUGGCCUCACGGCUAGAAUUGCCUUGAACGCCGAAUUUGAGGCAUUGUAUAUGACAGGAGCAGGCACAACCGCGUCCAGGCUUGGCCAACCUGACCUCGGAAUCAUCACCCUGAACGAGAUGCGUGAGACUGCGGAGAUGAUUGCUUGUCUCGAUCCAUCAACGCCUGUUAUUGCAGGUGCAGACACGGGGUUCGGCGGGUCAUUGAUGGUCUACCGUACCACUACUGAGUAUAUUCGUGCUGGAGUUGCGUCGCUUCAUCUUGAGGAUCAACCAACCUCCAAACGGUGCGGGCAUCUCCGCAACAAGCAGCUGGGCGGCAAAAACGAAUAUCUUUCCCGAAUCAAAGAAGCAGCGAAUGCCCGGAAGCUCUCCGGCGGUGACAUUGUGCUCAUUGUGCGAACCGACUCACUCGCCACACUCGGCUACGACGAAGCAAUUUCGCGUCUGAAGGAGGCGAUUAUGCUGGGGCCCGAUGUCGCAUUUUUGGAAGGGAUCACCUCCAAGGAUCAGGCGAAGCAAAUAUGA